GCUUCUAAGGCCCCCAGCGGCCCGGCGACCUGUUCUUUUCCGCUGGGGAGGCGCACGAGGAUCUGCCCAUGGAUCGGGCGGCCGUGGCGAAGAUGGGCGCGGUAGCGAGCGCCAGCGUGUGUGCCCUGGUGGCGGGGGUGGUGCUGGCCCAGUACAUAUUCACCUUGAAGAGGAAGACGGGGCGGAAGACCAAGAUCAUCGAGAUGAUGCCAGAAUUCCAGAAGAAUUCGGUUCGCAUCAAGAACCCCACAAGAGUAGAAGAAAUCAUCUGUGGUCUCAUCAAGGGGGGAGCUGUCAAACUUCAGAUAAUAACAGACUUUGAUAUGACACUGAGUAGAUUUUCCUACAAAGGAAAAAGAUGUCCAACAUGUCAUAAUGUCAUUGACAACUGUAAGCUGGUUUCAGAUGAAUGUCGAAAAAAGUUACUGGAACUAAAGGAAAAAUUUUAUGCUAUUGAAACUGACCCUCGUCUUACGGUAGAACAGAAGAACCCUUAUAUGGUAGAAUGGUACACUAAAUCACAUCGCCUGCUUGUUGAACAGGGUAUACCGAGAGCUAAACUUAAAGAAAUUGUGGCAGAAUCUGACAUUAUGCUCAAGGAAGGAUAUGAGAAUUUCUUCGAUAAGCUCCAACAACACAGUAUCCCCGUGUUCAUAUUCUCGGCUGGCAUCGGAGAUGUACUGGAGGAGAUUAUCCGUCAAGCUGGUGUUUAUUAUUCCAAUGUCAAAGUAGUGUCCAACUUCAUGGAUUUUGAUGACAAUGGAGUGCUCAAAGGAUUUAAGGGAGAUCUGAUUCAUGUGUUUAACAAACAUGAUGGUGCCUUGAAGAACACAGAUUAUUUCAAUGAACUGAAAGACAACAGCAACAUAAUUCUGCUGGGAGACUCCCAAGGAGACUUAAGAAUGGCAGAUGGAGUAGCUAAUGUUGAACACAUUCUGAAAAUUGGAUAUCUAAAUGAUAAAGUGGAUGAGCUUUUAGACAAGUACAUGGACUCUUAUGAUAUUGUUCUAGUCAAAGAAGAAUCCUUGGAGGUAGCCAACUCUAUCUUACAGAAGAUCCUGUAUAAGUGAGCAUUCUUCAAGGAGACGCCUGUCCUGUGGGUGCAA